AGAACGUCCACAUCCCGCGGGUGCGGGUGGAUCCGGACGGGCGUUGCGCCGUCAUGCUCAUCUACGGAACGCGUCUGGUCGUCCUGCCCUUCCGGCGCGACACCCUCGCCGACGAGCACGAGGGGCUGGUGGGAGAAGGGCAGAAGUCCAGCUUCUUACCCAGCUACAUCAUCGACGUGCGGGAGCUGGACGAGAAGCUCCUCAACAUCAUCGACAUGCAGUUCCUCUACGGCUACUACGAGCCCACCCUCCUCAUCCUCUUCGAACCCAACCAGACCUGGCCGGGGCGAGUGGCGGUGCGUCAGGACACCUGCAGCAUCGUGGCCAUCUCCCUCAACAUCAUGCAGAAGGUCCAUCCCGUCAUCUGGUCCCUCAGCAACCUGCCCUUCGACUGCACCCAGGCGCUGGCCGUCCCCAAACCCAUCG